CUGCUUCCGGGUUAGGGGGCAGGAGCCACCAUGGAACCUCACGGGGCGGCCGGGCCGACGGGUCUGCAGGCCGGUGUCUGAGGCGAGCGGGGCGCAGCGCGGCCAGCGCCGCCGGGGACACGCAGACCGGUCUUGAAGGCUCGCGGCCGCCGCCAUGUCGGUGCUGGGCGAGUACGAGCGACACUGCGAUUCCAUCAACUCGGACUUUGGGAGCGAGUCCGGGGGUGGCGGGGACUCGGGCCCCGGACCCAUCGCCAGUCAGGGGCCGCGAGUCAGCGGCGGCACGGCGGAGCAGGAGGAGCUGCACUACAUCCCCAUCCGCGUCCUGGGCCGCGGCGCCUUUGGGGAGGCCACGCUGUACCGCCGCACCGAGGAUGACUCACUGGUUGUGUGGAAGGAAGUUGAUUUGACCCGCCUGUCUGAGAAGGAACGUCGUGAUGCCUUGAAUGAGAUUGUUAUUCUGGCGCUGCUGCAGCAUGACAACAUUAUUGCCUACUACAAUCACUUCAUGGACAAUACCACCCUGCUGAUUGAGCUGGAGUAUUGUAAUGGAGGGAACCUGUAUGACAAAAUCCUUCGUCAGAAGGACAAGUUGUUUGAGGAAGAGAUGGUGGUGUGGUACCUGUUUCAGAUUGUUUCAGCAGUGAGCUGUAUCCAUAAAGCUGGAAUCCUUCAUAGAGAUAUAAAGACAUUAAAUAUUUUUCUGACCAAGGCAAACCUGAUAAAACUUGGAGAUUAUGGCCUAGCAAAGAAACUUAAUUCUGAGUAUUCCAUGGCUGAGACGCUUGUGGGAACCCCAUAUUACAUGUCUCCAGAGCUCUGUCAAGGAGUAAAAUACAAUUUCAAGUCUGAUAUCUGGGCAGUAGGCUGCGUCAUUUUUGAACUGCUUACGCUAAAGAGAACGUUUGAUGCUACAAAUCCACUCAACCUGUGUGUGAAGAUUGUGCAAGGAAUCCGGGCCAUGGAAGUUGAUUCUAGCCAGUACUCUUUGGAAUUGAUCCAGAUGGUCCAUGCGUGCCUCGACCAGGAUCCUGAACAGAGACCCACUGCAGAUGAGCUUCUAGAUCGCCCCCUUCUCAGGAAACGCAGGAGAGAGAUGGAGGAAAAAGUCACUCUGCUUAAUGCACCUACAAAGAGACCAAGGUCAAGCACUGUAACUGAAGCGCCCAUUGCUGUGGUAACAUCACGAACCAGUGAAGUCUAUGUUUGGGGUGGUGGAAAGUCUACCCCCCAGAAACUGGAUGUCAUCAAGAGUGGCUGUAGUGCCCGGCAGGUGUGUGCAGGGAAUACCCAUUUUGCUGUCGUCACAGUGGAGAAGGAACUGUACACCUGGGUGAACAUGCAAGGGGGUACUAAACUCCACGGUCAGCUGGGCCAUGGAGACAAAGCCUCCUAUCGACAGCCAAAGCAUGUGGAAAAGUUGCAAGGCAAAGCUAUCCACCAGGUGUCAUGUGGUGAUGAUUUCACUGUCUGUGUGACAGAUGAGGGUCAACUCUAUGCCUUUGGAUCAGAUUAUUAUGGCUGCAUGGGUGUGGACAAGGUUGCUGGCCCUGAAGUACUAGAACCCAUGCAGCUGAACUUCUUCCUCAGCAAUCCAGUGGAGCAGGUCUCCUGUGGAGAUAAUCAUGUGGUGGUUCUGACACGAAACAAGGAAGUCUAUUCUUGGGGCUGUGGCGAAUAUGGACGACUGGGUUUGGAUUCAGAAGAGGAUUAUUAUACACCACAAAAGGUGGAUGUUCCUAAGGCCUUGAUUAUUGUUGCAGUUCAAUGUGGCUGUGAUGGGACAUUUCUGCUGACCCAGUCAGGCAAAGUGCUUGCCUGUGGACUCAAUGAGUUCAACAAACUGGGUCUGAAUCAGUGCAUGUCUGGAAUCAUCAACCAUGAAGCUUACCAUGAAGUUCCCUACACAACCUCCUUUACCUUAGCCAAACAGCUGUCCUUUUACAAGAUCCGUACCAUUGCCCCAGGCAAGACUCACACAGCCGCUAUUGAUGAGCGAGGCCGGCUGCUGACCUUUGGCUGCAAUAAGUGCGGGCAGCUGGGCGUUGGGAAUUACAAGAAGCGUCUGGGAAUCAAUCUGUUGGGGGGACCCCUAGGUGGGAAGCAAGUAAUCAGGGUUUCCUGCGGUGAUGAGUUUACCAUUGCUGCCACUGAUGAUAAUCACAUUUUUGCCUGGGGCAAUGGUGGUAAUGGCCGCCUGGCAAUGACCCCCACAGAGAGACCACAUGGCUCUGAUAUCUGUACCUCAUGGCCUCGGCCUAUAUUUGGAUCUCUACAUCACGUCCCAGACCUAUCUUGCCGUGGCUGGCAUACCAUUCUCAUUGUUGAGAAAGUAUUGAAUUCUAAGACCAUCCGUUCCAAUAGCAGUGGCUUAUCCAUUGGAACAGUGGUUCAGAGCUCUAGCCCUGGAGGUGGUGGUGGUGAAGAGGAGGACAGUCAGCAGGAAUCUGAAACUCCUGAUCCAAGUGGAGGCUUCCGAGGAACAAUGGAAGCAGACCGAGGAAUGGAAGGUUUAAUCAGUCCCACGGAGGCCAUGGGGAACAGUAGUGGGGCCAGCAGCUCCUGUCCUGGCUGGCUUCGAAAGGAGCUGGAAAAUGCAGAAUUCAUCCCCAUGCCUGACAGCCCAUCUCCCUUAAGUGGAGCAUUUUCAGAAUCUGAGAAAGAUACCCUGCCUUAUGAAGAGCUGCAAGGACUCAAAGUGGCCUCUGAAGCUCCUUCGGAACACAAGCCCCCAGUGGGAGCCUGGCCUCUUCAGCUGAAUCCUGCAGUAACAUGUGCUGGGAAGGGUACCCCAUUGAUGACUCCUGCCUGUGCAUGCAGCUCCCUGCAGGUGGAGGUUGAGAGAUUGCAAGGUCUGGUGUUAAAGUGUCUGUCUGAACAACAGAAGCUACAGCAAGAAAACCUCCAGAUUUUUACCCAACUACAGAAGCUGAAUAAGAAAUUAGAAGGAGGGCAACAGGUGGGGAUGCAUUCCAAAGGAACUCAGACAGCAAAGGAAGAGAUGGAAAUGGAUCCAAAGCCUGACUUAGAUUCAGAUUCCUGGUGCCUCCUGGGAACAGACUCCUGUCGACCCAGCCUCUAGUCUCCUGAGCCUAUAUAGCCCCAGGAAACUGGGAUCCAAAGAACUUCACAGCACACUUACCAAAUGCAGAGAGCAGCUUUCCUGGCUUUGUUCACUUGCAGACAAGGAGCGCAAGGCGGAGGCUCUGAAGCACUUUCCUUGUACGUUUGGAGAGUGGCAUUGCCUUUUAGAUAGGAUCUAGAAGUGAUUUUAUUGUUUUGAAGAAUGGAAGGGCCCCAGGGUCCUGGCUUUGUCAUCAGUGACUGCCAUAGCAACUGCAGCUCUGUACCUCAUCUGUUGGUCCCACCUUUGAAGAGGAGACACAGUGCUCACCUUAAUUGCGCUGGUAGCAGCUUAUAGCCCAUAUAUCAUUUUCACCAUUGAUUGGAAGCUGCCUUGGAAAUUAAACACCAGGCAUUGCACCUCUGGGUGGGGGAGGGAAAAGCGUAAAGCUGGAAUGGGCUGGAAGCAGGCGUGGCCCGUCCAGUGUCCUCUGGAGAGCGGUGAAGCAUUCUGAGCCCUCUCAGGAGCCCUAAGUCCGGGACAGUAUGUCUGGGGAAAACAAUCUAGGGCUUGUUUCCAGAAAGUUCAGUUACUUCAUGCAGCUAAAUGCUUUAGGAGGAAAAGUGGGCUUAGAUUGCUUUUCCUCUGAGGUUGAUUGAAAUUUCUUCAGUGAGGAGUAGAGAAAGGGCAGGUCCCUCCGCAUCACACUGCUGGAGUUUCAGGAUGUGGCCGAUGCAGGGUGGGAUUUCCUAGCUUUGGAAGAUACCUCCGAGGGAUGAGGUGUCUCAGAGAAUUGUGUCAGUGGGGCAGUAGGAAUGGCCUUAAGAGAAAGUCAUGAGGGAAUGGAGGUCCUCCUUUAGCUGCCUCUACCUGGUAUCUUAAAGAGGGCUGAGAGGGACUCGGUCUUCUGCCCAGGAGAAGGCUUAUGCCUCUACCUUCAUGGCUCUUAAGGUUCUAAGCUUGACAGCAGCAGCCCCAAACACUCCCUUUCUAUAUGUCUAGUCAGUAUUUUUCCCCUUUUGGUGUUUAUGAAGCCAUAUCAUAACCAGUGAAUCUGUAUCAUCUUUCCUACUUGAGUGGCCCAAAGCCAGCACCAAACCCUGGGAGUCCCUGAAGCCUAACAGAACAGGUAGAACCUGCUGAGUGGGAGGAAUUUGGCUGAAAGCUCACUGCUAAUCCCAUAUUCAUUGUGUCCUUGUAGACAAGAGCAAGCUAGCUUUCCCAAGGAGAAGGAGUAUCCUAGAAGAACAAAACUUCACAUAGAACGUUCUAGGCAGGCAUUUGAUGGUUUCACUUAAGGAUGUGAGCUUUGUGUUUCCACCUAGCCUUAGGAAAUGUUCCUUUAGUACUUUGAGUCAUAAGAGCUGCUUUGAUGAGUCUCACAUCCUACCUCCCUACAAACAGCUAAAUUUUGUUUCAUUUUCCCCAAACCAAAAUAUGUUUGAUAUCUAUUUAAUAUUGUGGAAGGUCCUGUGCAAUGGAAAUUUUGCCAUUUCCCUAAAUCUGGUGGUGUAAAGGCUGAUGCUCUGGGAAACCCCAUGGCUGGGUAUGGGCAACUCUGUUCAAUGGGAUCUUCUUUGGUUGGAUGUUCCCAUUGUUUUCUCAAUUCUGGGAAGCCUAGUACAUUAGUACUAAUGUAAUCACUGAAGCCUUUUCUUGAAAUAAGGGAAGGGCCAAUGUUGGAUUAAAGUUACAAGUUCUGGGGACUUGGGGGUUGCUGUAAACCCUAACAGUGGGUUUUGGUUCAUCAUGUAAAUGCAACUUUGAUUUUCUUAAGGACUGACUGGCCUACCAUGUCUCUAUGUCCUCAUGCUCACCAUCUCAGCAGGCCUGAGAGGCAGGGUCAGUUUUGGUGAGCAUCAUGAGGAUUGCUUCCGGUGUGAAGCUGAGGGACAUGGGCACGUUGCUGAGACUGUGGGGUGAAAGUGAGUGCUGAAGGCAGGUGAGAGCCCUUUUCUUGUUCAGAGUGGGGUCAUUCCCUAGCAGUGGAACACUGUGGUCAUUUUCUCUAGCAUGUCACCUUGGAAAGUCUAGAUUUGCUGUUAAUCUAGCUGAGAAUCUAAGUUCUGUGCCUUAGAGACAAUUUGCACUUUCCCAAAUUGUGCCUGGGACAGCCAUAUGAUUUUUUCCCACCAAACAACUAUGCAUCCAGAAACCAGUUCAAAGGUGUAUAAAGUGAAAGGUGAGGCAGUAGUAAUGCCUUUGAAUGGUUUUCUGUAGCUAACUCUCUUUAGAUUUUGUCAUGCUUUUCUUCUUUAUGCAGUGCUAGGCGUUUUAAGUUUUCCAGUAGUAUCGCUUUUGAGUUAUAGUAUAACCUGAGUUAAUCCUCUGCUCUGACAUUGUUGUGGAAGAACUAGCUUAUUGUUAGCCAUAUGCUUGAAAGGUUGAGGGUGGAAUGGUUUGGCAUUUCUGUUUUAAAUAAACAUUUAAACUCUCAAUCA